AUGGGUCUUUUAAACGCCCAAGACAAGGAGAAAAUCAAGCGAGCCCUUCCCAAAAGCUCCAACAAAAUCGUGGAUGUCACUGUGGCCCGAUUAUACGUGGCAUAUCCCAACCCUCAAGAAUGGCAGUAUACUGGUCUUUCCGGAGUCAUCGCUUUAGUAGAUGAUAUUGUGGGACAUACAUUUUUCCUGAAGCUUGUGGAUAUCCAAGGCCACCGAGGAGUUUUGUGGGAUCAGGAAUUGUGGGUGGGAUUCGAAUAUCAUCAGGAUCGAACUUUUUUCCACACUUUUGAGCUGGAAGAAUGCAUGGCAGGACUACUAUUUGAAGAUUUGGACGAGGCGGCACAUUUAUUGAAAAGAGUUCAGAAACGCGAUAAAUACGCGUCCAAGAAGACUCUGGGUAACAAGAAUGCCAUCGCGUUGACUAAAAAGCUACAAACUGAGGAAGAAUCACAAGUUGUUCAUGGUCCCCGAGGAGAAUCUCUCAUUUCCGAUCAAAGACAACGUUACAAAAUCCAAGAUUUUGAAGCUCCUGUAACCAAGAAAAAGGCACCUCCGCCGCCUCCACCUGCUGCUGCAGGUGGGUUUUCACAGCCUCGUUACACUCCAGAUGUUCCUCCAGCUCCAAGAUUUACAUCGCCCCCGCCACAACCAGUGGAAACCGCAUCCUCAUAUGCAUCCGAUGCGUUUGAAAGCCCAGUAUCUGACGACGACAGUUCGUCGGCCAUGGCCUCCAAGCCCGCUACGCCAGCUCCUCAGCCAAAGCAACCAGUACACAAACUACCGCCAAUGCCUGCUUUUGCCAAUCCACCCACAACUUCCAUGCCGCCUGCACCGCCUGUUGCUCCUGCACCACCUGCACCACCUGCACCACCUGCACCACCUGCACCCUAUUCAGCGGCACCGGUAGCUCCACAACUUCCCGCAUUCACAGCAUCUGCACCUCCGCAGCGAUCCAGCAACAAUCCUUUCCCUAUUCCUGUCCAACACACGGCACCGAUCGCGUCGCCAGGAAAUUUCAACCAGACAAGUGGCUCUGCACCACAUCCGCCUCUACCGCAAGCUAAUAGACCCCUUCCUGGUGUUCCGCCUCGUUCAAACGGCCCCCCCGCACCGCCUCCAAGAAGAAGACCGGGGCCACCUCCUCCGCCACGGCGAAUCACCUCUAAUCCAACCGGCUAUCCAGCACAUGCCCCUAUUCAGCCCUCACAAACCGGUCCCGCACAGGUUCGACGUCCAGGUCCACCUCCACCGCCCAGACGAGGUGCUGCCCCCCCACCACCAUCGAGGUCGGCUCGUGUCUCUUCAGCACCACAACCACCGCAGCGUAAUGCUUCAAUGUCGUCCCCACCACCUAUGCAUACAUUUCCACAACAAAACUCUACUCCAGUUCCUCUCCCAUCUCGUCCUGCAAUGUCAUUACCGCAACCACAGCCUAACGGCCAGCAAUUCAUGCCACCUCCUCCUCCACUUCCUCCUACAUCUCAACCUUCUGCAAUACAGCCUUCCGGUAUGGCCCCACCGCCACCACCACCUCCUCCACCGGCAUUUCAUCAAAACAGUGCAGUCACAAAUGGCAUUUCACCACCGCCUCCUCCUCCUCCUCCGGCAUUCCAACAAAACAGUGCAGCCACAAAUGGCAUUCCACCACCUGCUCCGCAUAUGCCUUCUAGGGAAGCACAGCCAGCCGCUAGUGCUCCUCCUCCACCACCUGCUUUUUUGGCUCAACCACAGCAAUCUCAACCAGCAGCUGGUGCAAACGACAACACCGGGGAUGCUGGUCGAGACGCCUUGCUUGCAUCAAUUAGAGGAGCCGGGGGUAUUGGUGCAUUGCGCAAGACAGAUAAAUCGCAACUUGAGAAGCCUAGCGUUGCUUUGCAAGAAGCUCGGGGAGAAAGCACAGGUCAGCCCUCUGGAUCUGCAGGCCCUUCUGCAAACGGAGGUGGCGGACCGGCUUCUCUGGCAGAUGCCCUAGCUGCUGCACUAAACCAGCGUAAAAGUAAAGUGGCACAAGACGACGGCGAUUACGACAAUGGUGACGAUUGGUGA